AUCGUAUGAUGUUACAACUGGCAGAAAACGCGCCCUGAGCUACGAGAAUACAUGGGCAGUACCGAUCGUACCCGCUUCCACCGCCAGCAAGCUGCCAAAGCUGGCGAAGAACACUACGCCGCGUGCGGGUCCUAGCACGCCUUCGCGCUCGUCAACUGCAUCGUCCUCGCGCAUACGGGUCAUUCAGGAGGGUCUGGAUUCCCCGGAGCCGACCACUCCUCACCGCCCGCGCGCCCCUGUGCAGCCGGAAUCGCCCACGCCUUACCGCACGAAGGUCGAAACACCUACAAUGACCAGGGUUGCGAAUUACAUGACACAAAUGUUCGGACUUGGAGAUUCCUCCGUGCCACAGGGGGUCGUUCUCAUCGCGCACUCCCCGGAAGCACAGCACUUGAUGGACCAAUUGGGUAUCGCGUGGGGUGUCCAGUACGAGAUAGCGCGCGGUGUCUCUCGAGGCUGGUGGUCCUGGAGCGAUGUCACCCUCCCGAACCUGGAGAAGCUUAGAGGGCAGAGCAAGGACGCUGCGCUGAAGGUGCCCCAGGUCCUCUCACAUUCCCCCUCCGUCGCGAUUUCACAGCCAGAUCUGCAACUUUGGGUGGAGCUUGAUCGCGAAGAGCUAGCUCUAUGCGAAGGGCGUCAUCGAGGCUUGGGCCUCCAGGGAGAAUGGAAGGAGACCGAAGACUGGUACGGCGGCAAGAUACAGCAGGUCGCGCGUGUAGAAGAGCACGGCGGCGCGCUGCGGCUAGUACUCGCGCCUAUGGAAAUGCGCAAGUCGUGCCGCUUCGCGCGCUUCCUUGGCUCGCGGCGCCUCCUCCAGGUUUCCGUGCCGCGCGAGAUCCUGAGCAGUCAGGCCGAAAAGCUCAAGGAGUUCUUCAUGCAGAAGUUUGUGCUCUGUGGACGUGUCUUCGUCGCGUUUGGCAUGAAGGAAGGCAAGAUUUUCCUGAUGGAGACCAAGGAGGACUACGAGCGGGGUGCUCCCGCGCCUGGUGACGAGCGGCGAAUGUCCCUCGAAGAGUUUGUGAAUUGGCAUAACCCUCUCGAUAAGAACGGAAAACAGGCGGUAUCCAAGUGGACAACACGUUUUGACCUAGGGCUAUCCAUUUCCGUCCCCGCAUUGCUGUUCGACCCAGACAAGAUGUUCAACAUUGACGAUGAAUGCGUCAACAAGCAGGCCGGGAAAGCGCCAACCGAAGAGAUCUACACCGACGGCUGCGGCUUCAUGAAUGGCGCUGCUCUGAGCGCAAUCGGCAGACGCAUGGGAUUCAGUGUGCGCCCGACCGCUGUGCAAGGUCGCAUUGCGGGCGCGAAAGGACUGUGGGUACUCCACCCCCGCGAUCGUUCGCCCGACGCCUUGCCCAAGAUCUGGAUUCGCGACUCUCAGACGAAGAUAAAGCUCGACUUCAACAGACUGCAUCCCGCCCAUCGCAUAUUUGACCUGCUCGCGCCGCCGCGCGUGACGCUGCCCAGUCGCCUCUCGCGCCUGACGAUCCUCAAUCUGUCGCACAACGGGCUGCCGACAAACACCUUCGUAGAGCUUAUGCGGGAGACGCUCGAGGAGCAGUUUCAGGAGCUCACUCAGUGGACGCGUCCGCAGGACAUGCAGCUCCUCUGGGCAACCGUGAACCGGAUCGGGCAUGUCACCGCGUCGCGCGUGCAGCAGUACGCGCUCGGCGCAUCGCGCGCCCUCGGACUCUCAGGUCGGAUCCGCGAAGACGAGUUCCCGUCCGACGAGCCACCCGAUAUGCUGGGGGAAUUCCUGGGCUCCGCGGGCGACCGCGAGCUCGACGAGGAGGAGAGUGCGGCGUUACUUGCCGAGCUUGAGAGCGCAGGUGCGGUUCCGCAGAGGUUGCGGGACCGGUUCACGGGCGAGCCGCUUACCCUGCAUGGCGUCGUCAUGGAUCUCCUGCAAGCGGGCUUCCACCCCCUCCGACUACCUGCGUUAUAUGAGAAGCUGAGGAAGAUCACGAGCAAUGUCAUCGAGGACAUCAUCCGUGACUUCCACGUUUCUAUUCCGCUCUCUGCCGAGGCAUUCAUCGUUCCAGAUCCUUACGGUGUGCUCAAGCCUGGUGAGAUCCACUUCAGAUCGAGCAAAGACCUCAAGUCCGCUUUGGAAGAUCUCAACCCCAACAUUCUGCUGGGUGAUGUCCUGAUAUACCGCAACCCAAACCGUCUCCCAUCGGACGUGCAGAAGGUCACAGCUGUUCAGCAUGAACUCCUCGCCGACUAUGCGGACGUCAUUGUCCUACCAUCGAGGGGUCCCUGCUCUUUCGCGAGCAUGCUGGCGGGUGGCGACUACGAUGGAGAUGUCUGUGUUUGCAUCUAUGACCCGAGGCUCGUCAGGGACUUCAACAAUUCGCCGCUGUCACAAGCGCCCGCCGGGUUCCUAAAGGACAACUUCGAGGACCAGGGUAAGAUCGAACAGGUUGCAGCCGUAGCCGCCGAGAUGUCCCGGAUGGUCAACGACCCGGACGCGCGUCGUAAGAAACUGCAAGGCGCUCUACUCUCGGAUAUAUCUCGACCUUUGGUGGGCGCAUACUCUAUGUACCACGAGAACGCAGCCUACGUCCAUGGAUACGACGCGCCUCAAACGAUUCGUAACGCAUUCAUGUUCAAUACCGUCCUGGAUGCUCGCAAGUCAGGGCUGAAAGUCAAGAACGAGGUCUUUAAAAAGGACAAGCUACAAUAUGACAGGGCGCGCCCGGAAUGUCUACCAUCCAGUGUCGCAGACGGCGAACGGGCUUACAACAUCGUUCCCCUUUCACGCCCACCACGUCUAGGCCCUUUCAUCUUGGACGAGCUGCUCGAGGAGGGGAGGUGCAUGCGCGAUGCCCAUCUUCGACGAUACGACGAUCUCGUGCAGUUUCAAAUCCGCAACGACAACGACGAUCAAGACCUCCUCCGACUCUGUGUCAAUAUGUCGGCGCUCGCUGAGCAUCCCGCGCUCAAGGACGAUAUCGCGCGGGUCCGCAAUCAUGUCGAGGCGCACAUCAAGCAAUGGCAGAGCAUAGCAAGCGCUGCGAGCUCGUCGAAGAACAACCAAGGCACCCCCUCGCGUGCGUCUCGCGCGAGGGGGCGCGCGAAGGCAUCCGGCGCUUCGGAGAAGCGGAACAAGUGGAAGGAGCUCUCGCAGUCCUUCGCUGCCGGACCCGACAUCGCCUCCGACUCGUUGCUCGCCCGCAUAGGCGACAUCGAGGCGAUCAGGGCCUCAUGGGCGUACCACCUGAAGCCGAAGUUCGCGUGGAACGUCGCUUUUCAGGCGCUAUGCCGCAUCAAGGCCGCGAGCCAGGGCUCCGUCGCGAUGACAGGCCACUUCGCGGACUCGAUGUCGAUCCCGUCCUCCGCUGUGCGGGUCUUCGAGCAGAGCAGGCUUGGGAUGUCCUGACCGGACCAGCGCAGGUUGUAUCAACAGUAUUUGGGCAGCAUCUAUCCUCUAUCUAUUUUCGCAUCUGACUGUAAUAAUAUGUGUAUC